UACGACACACCAUAACCCCAUGCCAAAGUCAUUUACAUCACACAUAUAAGACUUGUGUUCUGUCAUGUGUGUAUAUAUAAACAACAAUCACAUCAUAAUUCUUUGCUUAAACAAUUCAAAACCUCUCUCUCUCUCUACAAGUUUACUUUCUCUAUCUAUCUCCUCUGUUUUUUUUUCUUGCUCUGCUUUCAAUGGAAGAAAAAAACUGGAUAAGAGGACCAACCAUAGGCCGGGGCUCAACCGCCAACGUCUCACUAGCAAUCACAAACUCCGGCGAGUUCUACGCCGUCAAAUCCGCUGAGUUUUCUUCGUCGGCGUUUUUGCAGAGAGAAGAAUCGAUUCUCUCGAGUUUGAGCUCUCCUUACGUAGUCAAGUACAUUGGCUCUAACACAACGACCGAGAACGACACGCUGACGUAUAAUCUCCUGAUGGAGUAUGUUCCCGGCGGGAGUAUUCACGAUUUGAUCAAGAGUUCCGGCGGGAAGUUGCCGGAGCCGGUGAUUAGAACCUACACGCGCCAGAUAUUAAAGGGUUUGAUGUAUCUUCACGGUGUAGGGAUUGUUCAUUGCGAUUUGAAGAGCCAGAAUGUUAUGAUCGGAGGAGAAACUGCGAAGAUCGCCGAUUUGGGAUGCGCUAAAAUGGCGGGAAACGGGAGUUUGGAUUUUUCCGGUACACCGGCGUUUAUGUCGCCGGAGGUGGCGCGUGGUGAAGAGCAGAGUUUCGCGGCGGAUGUGUGGGCUUUGGGGUGUAUGGUGAUAGAGAUGGCUACAGGGCUAAGUCCUUGGCCCGAGCUAAACGACGUCGUUGCUGCGGUUUACAAGAUUGGGUUCACCGGUGAGUCGCCGGAGAUUCCGGAGUGUUUGUCGGAGAAAGGUAAAGACUUUUUGAGGAAUUGUCUGAGAAGAGAUCCGAAACAGAGAUGGGUUGUUGAAGAGUUGCUUCAACAUUCGUUUCUCGACCAAGAAGACGAAGAGGACCGAAGUCAAAUUCAGUCUCUGUCUUGUCUGAAUACUUCUUCUCCUAGUACUGUGUUGGAUCAAGGUUUCUGGGAUUCAUGCGAAACCUCGAGAAGUCGAUUACUCCAAGAGCAACACGAAGACCCAUUUGCAAAUUAUUCAACUUUAUGUGGCUCUUCACCAGCUGAUCGAAUCAAGAAACUCGUCGGAUAUGAGAAUUCCGGCGAACCGGAGUGGAUUACGGCGGAGGAUGGUUGGAUAGAAGUUAGACGCAACGGACAGAUGGAGAAACGUAAUGAAGACGAUGUGAGUUGCGUCGAAGCAACGUCAUUGGAGGAAGACGAAGUGGGAGGGUAUGAGAAUUGGAUCUUGGAUCAAGAGGACAGCUUGUUCUUGGAAUAUUCUUCCACUGAGAACAACAUUUUUUAUUUUUACCUUUGUAACCUCUUUGAAGAGAAUAAAAUAAUUAUAUAUUAUGAUCAUCUUGAAGAUGGUUUUGUAUAUGUUCUUGAUGAUAAUAGUAAUAAGAAUCAUUUCUUUAGCCACGUUACAAUUCUACAAGUUCUAGUUUAUGUGUAUCACAGUAGAUACCGUUUUGACAAUUACACCAAAAAGUAUAGUGGCAAUUUUAUACUCAUUCCGUUUUAUUUUACUAGUCGUUCUAAACUUCGACACACAGAUUAA